CGUAUCGUGUUUGUUUUGACGGAUCGGUCGACAUGCGGGUUGGAAACUUGCUCGAGAAGAUCAGAAAUUUCGAUGCUUAUCCGAAAACUUUGGAAGAUUUUCGCAUCAAGACGUUCGGAGGAGCCGCAGUUACUGCAGUGAGUGGAAUUAUUAUGGUGCUGCUGUUUCUGUCAGAACUGCAUUAUUAUUUAAGCACAGAGAUUACUGAGGAGCUGUUCGUAGAUAUGUCGAGAGGAGAGAAGCUACGUAUUAAUAUGGAUGUUGUGUUUCCUCAUAUUAUGUGUUCAUUUUUGAGUAUAGAUGCCAUAGAUGUUUCUGGCGAACAACAUAUUAAUGUUGAACAUAAUAUUUUUAAAAGACGAUUGGAUACUGAAGGGAAACCAAUUGAAAAACCAGAAAGAGAAAAAGAAUUAGGAGAUAAAUCAAAAGAAUUUUUGGAGGCAAUUAAACCAACUCUCGAUCCAAAUCGAUGCGAAAGCUGUUACGGAGCCGAGAGGGAAGAAAAGAAAUGCUGCAACACCUGUGAAGAAGUAAGAGAAGCAUAUAGGCUAAAAGGCUGGGCAUUUUCUGAUGCAGAUAAUGUAAUUCAAUGUAAGCGAGAAGGUUGGACAGAUCAGUUGAAAUCUAUAGAUAAAGAAGGUUGUCAAAUAUUUGGAUAUUUAGAAGUAAACAGAGUUGCAGGAAACUUUCAUAUUGCACCAGGAAGAACAUUUUCUCAGCACCACGUGCAUGUCCACGAUCUGCAACCAUUCUCAUCGCGACAAUUCAAUCUGACGCACAGAAUACGACAUCUGUCCUUCGGUAAAAAUAUUCCUGGCAAGACCGAUCCUCUGGAUGGAACUUCACAGACUGAUGAAGAAGGCGGCGUCAUGUUCCAGUACUACGCCAAGAUCGUGCCCAUGAUGUACUCUCGCUCCGACGGACAGACGCUGCACACCAACAGGUUCGCCGUCACCCGCCAUCGGAAGAGGGCCGCUUCGGCGGGCGGAGAUCAGAGUCUGCCGGGCGUCUUCGUCGUCUACGAGUUCUCGCCCAUGAUGGUCAAAUAUUCGGAGAAGCGCAAGUCCUUUCCGCACUUCCUGACCGGCGUCUGCGCCAUCGUGGGCGGAGUCUUCACCGUGGCGGGGAUGAUCGACUCGGCCAUCUACCACUCGUCGCGGGCCAUCCAGAAGAUCGAGUUGGGCAAGGCCAACUAGUGUAGAAUCGACAAUAAAGGCCGUUAACUCUCGACCCGAGUGGGUUGGAACCGCGGUCCGUCGGG